GUGAUUACGAAACUGGGCACAAUACCAGUUCAGAAACAUGAAGCUAAGGUCAGCCUUUUAUGUUUGGAAGGUCUUGCUUUUCCAAGACUUAUCAAGACAUUUCCAAGUACGUAUUAUUGCUUAAUAACAGCAGUUCCAAGAACGUAUUAUUGCUUAAUGGUUAUUAAGCAAUAAUACAUUCUUGGGAAUGUCUUGAUAUUCUUGGAAAAGCAAGUCGUUCCAAACAGAAAAGGUUGACCUUAGCUUCAAUAACAACUGUGGCACCAUUUAGGAUAUCACUGUGCUGCAAGUGAUUAUUGUUCUAUUUUCUCUUAUUUCCGUUGUAUUGCUGGACGGACGUUUAUUCGGUUCUCCAUGUGUUUUCAAUGUGACAAACUCCACAUUGCUCACACAAGCUCCAAAUACCUCUCAGCCCGUUCAGUUUCUUUAAGCACAUGGAUAUAAACUAACAUCUGAUCUGAAGAUAUUGAAAUAUUCGUUUUUUUUGAGAGCCCGCUCGAAUAUGUGGUGUACAUUUUGAUUUAAAAACAAGUUCUGUUAUGGUGACGUAACCCUUCGGAAUCCUAAUCCUCCGACGUAGCACGUUCAUUAUUGUGACUGUAAUGAUUUUAUUUGCAUCAUGUUCUGUUCUAGUAUUCCCAUGUUUAUUAUCCAACGCUCUGCAAUGGUGGUCAGUUCUGACGCAGGUCUGUCAGUACAGCACCAGCCCGAUGUAGAGCAGUCCAAACACGUUGCUAUUACGUCAAUCUAACAUUGGACGGAGAAAACCUAAAUAGGCUGUUUGUGGCUAUGUCUGUUGUCAUUGUUGUGCAUUUUUGGGGUUGGUAUUGUGUAGCUCAUACAAAGUGGACACUAAUGCAUGUUGUCUAGUGGCUGGUGUUGAAGUGGCCAGACCGCCGCGAAAGACUGAAACAGCCUCAUCGACCGACUCUGGACCUUCUCCAAGGAUGAGUUACCUGUAUACAGUACAGUGUCCCCUCUCACUCUACAUGUUCAAAACACUCUCACAACACUAUUUCAUCUGACUCAUGAUAUUAUUUAAUUUGAACUCGUUUGCCCUCCCAAUAAGCAACGUCUAUACCAUGGUUGUGUGUAUUGCUGCAUGCACUUGUUGUGGAAAAAGGAAGCUGGGCCCUUUCAUUAUGGCUGUCGUGUGGACUGUGGACACACUGCGGUUCUACCUCGGUCAUCUCGGUUCACCUAAAUCAAUGUGUUCAGCAGACCCGGUUGGUGGCUGAGGACUGAAGGAAUCCACAUUGAAUUGUUAUCAUGUUGCCAUAGCUUCACCAGACUAUGGCCUAUGUCUCAGGCUCUGUCUGAAAUGGCAUCCUAUUGCCUAAAUAGUACACUUAUGAGAUGGAAAAAGAAGAAAAGAACCUUGGAUGCCAAAUACUUGCCUUUCAAAUCCCCAGGUACCCAAUUAGAAAACAGUUGGUCACAAAACGAACUAACUCCAUAGCCAGGGGGUUCUGUUAUCCAAUGACUGCUUCAUUGAUCUAUUUAGGCUUCUAAAAGCACUCUCGAUAUAGAGUGAACCUUGACUUGUGUUUUUCUUGGUUGGGGAUGUGGUAAUGGCUCCAUUGUUUGGAAUAUCUGAACAUAUUCCUGGCCGUAGGUUGGCACGUAGAAGCUGAGAUAGAGGAAGCAUUUGUCCCCCUUCUCUCUCUCUCUAGUCCAUGGCCUGUUUUCCAGCGUUGGAAAAAGGUCUGGUUCUUCAGAAGGAAUUCAGACAGAACAUACUCUGCUAAUCUGCUUACUGUCUUGAGCAAUUUCAGUUGGACUUUUUAAAGCCGUCACAUAAAAAUACCAUGGGAGACAGGGAAAUUAGUGACGGUUAGGAGAAGUAGUGGAGUCUAGGAGUUGGAUUUAUAUGACUGUAAGUGGAACCAAAAACGUUUUCCGUCAUGUCUGGUAACCAUUACCGACAAGACAUUAUGUUUUUUAUGAUGCAAUUAUAAAAAAACGGCAAAGUUAUGGGUGACAGGUUUGUCGCUAGUUAGCCUGCGUUGAACCUCAGUGUCACUGUUCCCAAACUACUGACUGUAUGUAACCGUAUUAACGACCUUAGUCCAACACCUAGCGACCUCGUCCAGAGGUUUCAGACCGCUAAGAUGUUUGGCUAACAGUCACAAAAACCCCAAUAUUAUGAGUUGAUUGAUUAUUAUUAGGAGCCCAGCCCAUAUGGGUUAACAAGACCCUAAUUGAUACAUACAUGUGAUCAUUAUUCAUGAUUCUGAAUGUGUCUGUUUUGACCUCUACAGGUGUACCCAUGCAGCAACGAUAAGGAGUGCACUGUAGGAAGCUACUGCCACAGCCCUCAGCAAGCACCCUCCCGCUGUCUCACCUGCCGACGGAGGAAGAAGCGUUGCCAUAGAGACGCCAUGUGCUGCCCCGGCAACCGCUGCAGCAACUGUACGUUGUCUUGACUGACCCCUCUUAUCUCUCAUAAGUCAGCAUAUCUUAAGUCGGUGUGAAGUGAACGCAUAUCAGGCACAACACAUUGUUUUUUAAGGGUUCGAUUUAGCACACUACGUCUCUGUCAUCUAUGUAGCACAGAGGAAAGUUCAAUGAGGGAGCAAUUACAUUCAAACCAUAUUGAACACAUGCUUUCUACCCAUAGGUCAGCACUGAAUGCUCCUCUCUCUGCUCUGUGUUGUCUGAGAGAUGAACUGCAAUAGACAUUAAUGAUAACCGCAUGUGCUAGUCACAGGGAAGCUGUAAUGGCAAUAUGAUCUCUAAUAACACAAGUUAAACAUCUUGGUUUGUGUCCUAAUGCCAACUAUGGAAGACGGCAUAUGACACUGGAUCUUUCAAACCCUGUCUUGUCUUUAGCUGCAAUGAUAUCAAUCAAGCCUUAUUAUAUGGUGGUUGUGCUCACAUCUAACUUCUCUCUCUCCGCUGGCCGUAUCAAUGUAGAUAUCUGCGUCCCUAUCUCGGAGAGCGUCCUCUCACCUCACAUCUCAGCCUUGGAUGACCACAACAAGCUCUCCACCAAGGAUAGCGCCGCCGACUGGAAGAAGAGUGGGAAAGCAGCGCAGGCCAAACACUCUGUUAAAGGUACAGAUUUAGAUCUGAUUUCACCUCCGUGUUAUACACCUGUAAAACAGGCCAGGGUUUAAAUAGUAUUUGAAAUCUGCUUAAAAUGCUUUGAGCGUUCGAUUGAGAUUGCCUGGAGAGCCUGGAGAGAUGGGUGGGGUUUUGUACUUUUGGAACUACUCCAUUGGUUCCAUUGCACCAGGCAAGCUCAGACAAGCACAGCUAUUGUAUUUGAAAGAUAUUUGAUACUACUUGAACCCAGGUCUGAAGACCGCCUCUCGGCCUGGCCUGGGAGAAGAUAUACAGUCAUAUGUAAAUAUGAAGGGAUCUCUGUUGUCUUUUCCUAUUUUGAAAUCUCAAUAUCUCACGCUGAUCCUGGUCCAAGGCGCCACAUCUCUGUUGUCCCUGUUCUCUGUUACUUGUCUGUAGUCACACGGAGUUAAAGAGACGCCAGUCCGCAAACGACCGCGAUAAUUACCCGCUAGCUCGUAUAUCAGCAGCAAACCUGGGAGACCACGGCUCAGCAUGGGGGCCUGGCUGAGAGAAACCAAACCACAGUGGCCCCUUGCUGUUCCCCGCAGCACCUACAUAAACCAGGCACACAAACACUCUCGCUGACAGCACCACGCUGUCUCAUAUACAUUCAUGAAACCACAGAAUGUAGAGUUGGCGAGGUUCGUAGUAGUAAUAAUAACUGGAGUUAUUAUUGAGUCCCCUUUUGGCAUUCGUUUUAGCCUGACUCAACAAGUGAAUAGGCCUACACUUUGUGUAAGCAGUGUUGUUGUCAAUAAAGUUCUACCUCUAAUGAGACACCUUAAUGGCGGUGCAAUGAUUGCCCUCUGGAGAAAUGUUAGCCGCAAUGCUAAAGAGCCAGUAUAAAAAGGGUGCAGUAUUUGAGGUCGUUUUGAGGAAACGCUAGGCCUAUUCACUUUUUAAUUUGCGUCUUACUCUCGUCUCACUUCGCCUCUACAACUCAAUUGCAGUGACUUUUUGCAGUGUCCCUAAAAUGUUCAUUUGGAGGGAGAGGCGAGAGAGCAACACAACAUAUUAAACAUUCCAUUAAGGCUGAGCACUGAGUGGGAACUUCAUGCUGUUGAUUGGAACUUCAUUUCGUAACAAGCCCCUUACAAGAAACGGAGGUUUUGUCAGUGUUACAGGACGGCUGGUGUGUGUGUCGAGAAAGGCCCUCUGGCAAAGGGGGUUGUUUCACAGAAAACUUGCAUGACUAAAUAAUGUAUCAUAAAUAUUUGUUGUACUAAUUACAUCCUUUGAAAGAGGUAAUAUAAACCUCCUGCCAAGAAUAUCAAGUUCUACCCGAAAUGGGUUGAUUUAGUUGAUAAAUCAGGAAAGAGGUUCACUCUAAUUUUACAAGGGUCUAAGUACAUUCCAGUCCACUAAUAUAAUAGCCCUGUAAUGCAAUUUGAAUUGAGAUGAGAAGAAAGCUAGGGGUAUGUUUCAGCUCUUUCCUAUGGAAGUCAAAACAAGGAUAAUGGGUAAUGAUUGUGCAUUUCCUAUAGCUUAGUAGUUGGGGGGUUUUUCCUGUAGAGUGUAAUGUACAUUUCACAUGUAAAAGCAUGAUUACUCUCUACAUAUUGAUGGGUUUAGGGUUUAUGGGGCACAGGACCGAGGUUGGAAAACCCUGCUCCAAACCACACAGACAUUCAAUUUUUUGCAUUCCAUAGUCUAGAACAGGGAUGGGCAACUUUGAUGGGGGUGGGGGCCGCAGUUGCUCCACCCAUCAAUGGGGGCCCCCUGGGCUCUAAUUCAACCUUGAUAGAUAGCUGGCCGCUGAGUCCGAGGGCCUUCCCCGCAGACCGCCAGUUGCCUAAAUAAGGAAUGAUAAUGGUAUUCUAUACUAGUACAUGCAGUAAAAGGUUAGAGUAUAUAUACAUACUGAAAAGUACUGGAAAGUACUGAAAAGUAAGAAAAGGCCUAUGUUUUGCAUGUGCACCCUGCAUCUUCACUCAUACUAGUCCAUGCUAACACUCCUGUCUCUCCCUCCCUUGACCAGGACACGAGGGCGACCCAUGCCUGCGCUCGUCGGACUGCUCCGAGGGCUACUGCUGCGCCCGCCACUUCUGGACCAAGAUCUGCAAGCCGGUGCUGCGGCAGGGCGAGGUGUGCACCAAGCAGAGGAAGAAAGGCUCCCACGGCCUGGAGAUCUUCCAACGCUGCGACUGUGCCAAGGGCCUCUCCUGCAAGGUCUGGAAGGACGCCACCUCCUCCUCCAAGUCCAGGCUUCACAUGUGCCAGAGGAUCUGA